CCUCGCUCACUCUCUCACCCUCCAUCUCUCUCUGAAGUAAGCCUGGUUUCCUGAUAGUGGAAGCAAAGAAAGCACCAGACACUACUAUUUCUUUUGGUUAUUACACCACAGGCAAAGCGCUAAACAAUCCUACUACAACACACACAAACUCUCAAUCUCUCUCUCUCGUCCCAUCCUUGCUCUAGCUCUGCCUUCUCCCUCCCCUUUCCCCUUCUCUCUCUUCCUCUCGCCUCUAAGCCUCCUCCAUAAGUGCCCCCCCCCCCCUCAUCUUUCUCUCUCUUGUUUUCUUUUGUCGCCACAUUGCAGUAUGCCCUAGCCCCAUAGCCCUAGUCACCUCACUGAGAUGGUGGAAGCUGCAAAGGCUGGAAGCCUUGCCCCCCUUCUUCUUUGUCCUCUUGAUUGCAGUCCAGGAGAGAAAAAGCUCUUGUGGUCUCUAAGACUCACAUAAACACUGCAAUAAACUUAAACACGAAACAUCUGCAGCAGCAUGAGAGCUCCUCCUCCUCCUUAGCUUCUAGUCCUUGUUACUGUGUGUGUUUGGUUCAAGGGGAGGAGAGAGGAAGAGAGGUAUGUUCCGUACCUAGCAAGGCGAGAGAGAGGGGGGUUCAAAGGCUGGUCCAGCCCAUACAUUUAGUGGACAAAGAAAAUACUACAGUAGUGUGGAAGUAGUAGACUAGUAGCCAGUAAAAACCAGCACAAAGUAACCCUGCUGCCUGUCGGCAAGAACAGCUUCACUGUUCAUCCUUGCUUCCAUCCUUCUACUGCCUAAGAAGAACAGAAGCAUCGCCAGCAGCUGCAGCAGCAAGAAGCAUCUUCUCUAUGGAGAGGCGCCGCCGAGAAGAGGACGGAGGAGGCAUGGGUCUUUCUGGCACGCAAGGCGAGCUCCCGAUCCCAAUGCACGCCAACGUCGCCUCGCUCUACGUCGGCGUCGGCGGUGGGGCCAGUGGCGGCCAUGUCCUGCAGCUGCACCAUGAUCACCAUGGAAGCAACAAUGGGCAGUCGUCUCCUGCGCUGCCGUCGCCGCCUGCCGCCGAGGAGGAGGGCUCCGGGAAGAAGCAAGCCGCGGUGGCCGGGGCUGGCAUUGGCGGGGGCGGCGGGAACUCGGCGGUGAAGUACCGGGAGUGCCUCAAGAACCACGCGGCGGCCAUCGGCGGUAACGCCACCGACGGGUGCGGCGAGUUCAUGCCGAGCGGCGAGGAGGGCUCGCUGGAGGCGCUCAAGUGCUCUGCCUGCGGCUGCCACCGCAACUUCCACCGCAAGGAGGUCGACGACGACUUUGACGUAGGCCACGGCUGCGCCGCGCGCCGCCUACUCGCCUCCGCCAUGCCGCACCACAAGAACGGCGGUGGCGGCGGCGGCGGCGGGCUCCUGGUCACCGCCGAGCCCUACGGCGCCUACGCCGCGGCGCGCUCAUUCCCUCCGCCGCCGCUGGGGCACCCGCACCACCACCAGUACGUCAUGCCGCUGAGCAUGAUGCACACCUCCGAGUCGGACGAGAUGGACGGCGUUGGCGGCGGCGACGCCACGGCCGCCGCACGCGGCGGGGGCUCCUCGUCCAAGAAGCGGUUCCGCACCAAGUUCACCGCGGAGCAGAAGGCGCGCAUGCUGGACUUCGCGGAGCGCAUCGGGUGGCGCCUCCAGAAGCUCGACGAUGGCAUGGUGCAGGCCUUCUGCCAGGAGAUUGGCGUGAAGCGCCGCGUGCUCAAGGUGUGGAUGCACAACAACAAGCACAACCUCGCCACGAAGCUCCUCGAGGCCUCGCCGCAGGCGGUGCCAGCAAUGCUCACGCCGCCGUCGCAGCCCGGGCCAUCCUGCCACCAUGGGCCCAGCUCCCCGCCGCCGCUCAAGCUCGAGUGACCGCCUUCCGUUUCCAGCCUGACAAAGAAGAUGGACAUGGUUGUUCUUGAUCCCGUUAGCCUAGCAAAUUAAACCAACCGCAUCGCCAUUUCACUGUUUCAUUCCAUCCAUCGAUCAUCGAAGCAGACAAGAGAACUGAAACAAAAAAGAACAAGCCAAGGUUAUUAUCGUCUUUGUUUUUUUCCUUCUUUUGCUGUUUAUUGUUGUCAUAAGCUAGGGGAGCAAGCAUGAGCUGGGGAGGACAUGCAGUGAACUGAACUGGAUUCAAUUUCCUGAUUUCUAAAAAGAAACUUUCUUAGAAUCCAUUUUCUUUUUUAUUUUCUUGGUUGGUGUCUCGGACUUAAGCCUAGCAAUGCAACUGAACUGAGCAUCUGAGCUA